AUGACAUGGUCCCAAUGUGAGUAUGGGCUGAGACCGUAUCCAGACGAAACUACCAAUGCUCUUAACCCGUGUUUUAUAUCGGCUGUAUCGCUAGGACACGCUGCGUUUUUCAGUAUUGUAGGUGUGCUCCAACUGAUUAAGUUGAUGCAAGAAACAAGAGUACCAGCGUCUUUCAAGUAUUCCUCAACGUGGAGAUCGCUAUCGACUAGACACUUGCUGCAUCUUUCGAACGUUGGCCUGCAAGCUGUUUUAUUUCUGUGUCUUUUGAUGGCUUUGCCAGCAGAUGGCACUCCUAACAUUACAGAAAAAAGCAUUUUAGGCCAACUUCUGGCGGUCGUUUUUGUUAAUAUUCCUAUUCAAUUCUUACAGUACUACAGGUCUACAACUUCGCUUGCAAGCCAGCUGUUUUAUUUUCUCACCCAAACAUUGCUGUUUGGAUUUCAAAUUGGACAACGCAUAGGUCAUCAUCCAGACACUCGGUUCGAUGUUUUCCCCGGCCAAGUAGGUGCUCUCCUAGAAUUAGCGUUGUUCGCAAACGGACUCUCGAUUUUUCUGUACGAUCUUACCUCAUAUCGUCCCAGUCCCGAGUUGCUGGCUUACUACUCCGAAAAUGGGCUCAACCUCGAGUGUAACAUCUUCGAAAACAUCACAUUUACAUGGAUGAACCCACUGAUAAAUCAAGUGUACAGAGAUGGAGAACUAAAGGAUCCUCACAACAUGCCCCUCGCCCCCAUUAAUCUCAACAUAAGGGAGAAAGCUGCUCUUUUGAAGGCAAAAUGGGAAAAUGAAAGAUGGAGUGGCAGAAACUCUCUUUUGUGGGCUAUCAUGCAUUCUUUUGGUAAAAUAAUAGCAUUGGCUUUAUCCAUCGAAAUCUUGAAAGAUUUCAUGACAAUUUUGCAGCCUCAGCUUUUGAGACUUUUCAUCAGCGAAUUCGAUUUUGAUAAUAAUGGUUCGAGCCGUACGCAUCCAAUACUGAAUGCCGUCUUCGUUGCCCUUGCUCUCUUCUUGAUGAAGCUAGCCUCAACCUGCUUGUCUAACCAAUUUUUCAUUAUAAUCUUUGAAGCGGGAAUGAGUAUAAGAGGAGCCCUGAUGACCAUGUUAUAUCAAAAAUCCUUGGCUUUGUCUGGUGAUGCCAGAGAGGCAAAAUCAGCCGGCGACAUUAUGAACCUGAUGUCUGUUGACGUCAUUCGCAUUCAGCGGUUCUUCGAAUCGGCUCAUGAUCUCAUCGGUUCCCCCAUCGCGCUCAUUACCACAUUAAUAUCACUUUACACCUUUUUGGGCAAUGCUACAGUUGGCGGCAUACUUGUGAUGGCAGUCAUGUUUCCUGUAAACAGCUUUCUGUCUCGCAAGGUUAAAAAGUUAGUCGAAGCCCAGAUGAAGUAUAAGGACGCUAGAAUCAAGACCGUUACAGAGAUCUUGAACUCUGUUAAAACUGUGAAGCUUUAUGCAUGGGAAAAGCCAAUGCUGGAAAAACUCGAUCAUGUAAGAAAUGAUCAGGAACUCAAAAGUGCCAAAGUUAUCGCUAUAUUCACAAAUCUGAUUGUGCUUGCUUGGAAUUGCGUUCCAAUCUUGGUGGCCUCAUCCACAUUUUUGAUCUACGCUCUAACUAUGGAUAAGCCACUUUCACCUGAGAUAGUUUUCCCCUCCUUGUCCUUGUUUGACAUCUUGAAUGAUUGCAUUUACACCAUUCCUCGCAGCAUCACAAACUUUAUUGAGACCGGGGUUUCCGUAGGAAGACUAAAGGACUUCUUCCUGGCAACAGAAUUGGACAAAUCGUUUAUUGAAUACGAGGGGCUGCCCGACGACUCUAAAGUACCCGUUUUAGAAAUAGACAAUGCUACAUUUCUUCGGAAAGCCUUCGUUAAACCUUCUGAUGACUAUGACGAAGAGGCUGUGAUCGAGAGUGCGAAGGUGGCGCUAAGCAAUAUUUCCUUCAAGGCUUACAGGGGACAACUGAUUUGCAUUGUAGGCCGUGUUGGAAAUGGGAAAUCUACUUUUCUGCAAGCUGUCAUGGGUAUGCUCCCCUGUAUCAGCGCAUCUGAAGCCCACAGGUCCCCUGUUUUCCAUUUUAGAGCCAACUCCGUUGCUCUUUGCUCCCAACAAUCUUGGAUCAUGAAUGCGAGCGUUAAAGACAAUAUUCUCUUUGGACACAGAUUUGACGAAGCAUAUUAUAAUGCUACUGUUAAGGCCUGUCAACUACUACCUGAUCUCGAAAUUUUGGCUGAUGGUGACGAAACAUUAGUGGGGGAAAAGGGAAUUUCACUCUCCGGUGGACAGAAAGCUCGCCUUUCGCUCGCCAGAGCCGUUUACUCCAGAGCAGAUGUGUACCUGCUGGACGACAUUUUGAGUGCUGUUGAUGCACAAGUCUCCAGACACAUCGUCGAAGAAGUUUUAAGCAGAGAUGGGGGGCUUUUGAAAAAUAAAACAGUCAUUUUGACAACCAACUCAAGUUCGGUUUUGAAACAUGCACAAACUAUAUGCGCGAUAGAAGACGGAACUUUCAUUGAAUCUGGAACUUUUGACGAAAUCUCAAGCAAGGGCGCCGACUCGAAAAUGAGUGCUUUGAUCGCUGACAUUGGUCUUUCUGAAUCUAGUGACACUUCCGAUUCCGUUGAACAAAGUGCUGAAAUUGAAACUACAGAUUCCGUUGAACUAAGUGCUGUAACAAUCUCGGAAGAUCAAGUAUAUGAUGUCCAAGAGGAGAUUGGUCUCAGUGAUCCUGUAGAAGGAGAAAAUGCCGUACGUGCAGUGCUUCAAUCACGAAAAGCGUCGGUGGCUACCUUGCGUCCUCGGAAGAUCAUUGACGUUAAUGCUGACACGAGGAAAACGAAGCAAACAGAAGAGAAAAAAGAGCAAGGCAGAGUAAAAACCGAAGUCUACAUGGCCUAUUUGAAGGCUUGUGGUAUACCAGGCGCUAUUGUCUUUUGUGUAUUCCUGUGCGGCUCUAGAGCUCUGGUCACAGGAGAAAGCUUUUGGUUGAAGCAUUGGUCUGAGGAAAAUGAAAAAAACGGGGGAAAUGUGAGAAUCGGGUUCUACGUCGGAAUUUACGUUCUGAUUUCCAUGGGUUCUGCGUUCUUCAAUAAUGUCAAAAACAUAUUUUUACUUUUGGUGUGUUCCAUGAGAGCUUCCCGAAUUCUUCAUGACGAUAUGGCAAACGCAGUUUUGAGAAGUCCCAUGAGCUUUUUCGAAACUACCCCAGUCGGUAGGAUCAUCAAUCGGUUUUCCAGUGAUAUGAACUCCGUGGACGACACCGUGCAGUACGUCAUCAGCUUUUUCCUUCUUUCCAUUCUCGACUAUAUCAUUGUUGUUGUCGUCAUUGGCUAUCAAGUGCCUUUAUACUUGAUAGUAAAUGCGCUUCUCCUGGUGUUGUACCUGUAUUAUCAAGCGUAUUAUGUGACGCUGAGUAGAGAACUCAAGCGUUUGAUAAGCACAAGUUUCUCGCCCAUUAUGUCCAUGUUAAGUGAGACCAUCGCGGGACAUAUGGUUAUUCAGGCCUUCGACCAUAUCGACCGCUUCGACUAUUUCAAUUUGCAAAACGUUCAAUUUAACGUGAACUGUGUCUUCAACUUCCGGUCUACAAAUAGAUGGCUAUCCGUAAGGCUGGAGUCAAUCGGAGCAUUCAUGAUUCUGGCUGUUGCCAUGUUGUCUCUGUAUACCACGACCGGCGACAGCCCUCUUUCAGCAGGUAUGGUGGGACUGUUGAUGAGUUGUGCCCUCCAAGUGACAAGCAGACUAAUGUGGAUUGUGAGAAUGUCCGUACAACUCGAGACCAAUAUUGUAUCUGUUGAAAGAAUAGUAGAGUAUUGUAAGUUGCCUUCGGAGGCACCUCCCAUUGUUGAGAAACAUAGACCCGAGAAGAACUGGCCGGCUCGUGGGUCUAUAAAAUUUGAAAACUACUCCACUCGGUACCGAUCAAACCUUGAUCCAGUUUUGAAGAAUUUGAAUGCAAGUGUUUUGCCUCAAGAGAAGAUUGGUAUAGUUGGAAGAACUGGUGCGGGCAAAUCUACUCUUUCGCUUGCUCUAUUUCGCAUUCUUGAGCCCUCAGAAGGAACUAUAACCAUUGACGGUGUCGAUAUCAGCCAGAUUGGACUAUUUGACCUAAGGAGUAAUCUUGCUAUUAUUCCACAAGAUGCUCAAGCGUUCGAAGGUACUAUCAGGUCAAACAUUGAUCCUUUCAAUAAUUACACCGAUGAGGAGGUUUGGAGGGCCUUAGAACUCUCGCAUUUGAAGCCUCAUAUAGUCAAAAUGGCAAAGGAAGAAGCAAAGUUUGACGAAAACGGCAACCUGCUAGACACCAAGGUGAGUGAGAACGGUAGUAACUUUUCAGUUGGUCAACGUCAAUUGCUAUGCUUGUCAAGGGCGCUGCUCAAUCACUCCAAGAUUUUAGUGUUGGACGAAGCUACAGCUGCAGUGGACAGUGAAACGGACCGUUUGAUACAGGAGACAAUUAGAGCUGAGUUCAAAGAUCGUACUAUUUUGACCAUUGCUCACCGCAUCGAUACGGUACUGGAUAGCGACAAGAUUAUGGUACUGGACAAAGGAGAGUUGAAAGAGUUCGAUAGCCCUGCAAACCUGCUAGCUGACAAGAGUUCAAUCUUCUACAGCCUUUGUCAGCAAGGCGGGUAUAUCAAGACUCAAAACUAG